AUGAGGGAAAUCGUGCACGUGCAAAUCGGUCAAUGCGGAAACAACAUCGGGACGAAGUUUUGGGAGGUAAUCUCGGACGAGCACGGUCUGAGCAUGGAUGGAACGUUUGAGGGGGAUUCCGAUCUACAAUUGCAACGAAUGAACGUGUACUUCGUGGAAGGACCAGGCAAUCGAUUCGUUCCGAGAGCGAUUCUCGCGGAUCUCGAUCCAGGAAGCUUGGACAGCGUGUUAUCCGGUCCGUGCGGCAGGUUGUUCAAGCCGGAUAAUUUCGCGGCAGGUAAGGCUAGUGCCGCCAACAAUUGGGCGAAAGGUUAUUACACCGAGGGUGCCGAAUUGGUCGACGUUGCGUUAGAUCUGAUUCGCGCGGAGGCAGAAGCCUGCGAUUUGAUACAAGGCAUUCAAAUCGUCCACUCGCUGGGUGGCGGGACCGGCGGCGGAAUGACCUCGUUGCUGAUGACCAGACUCAAGGAAGAGUAUCCGGAGAGGAUUCUGAAGACAUACAACGUGAUACCGUCCCCGAUGAUGUCGGAUGUCGUAGUAGAACCGUACAACGCGGUACUCACGCUCGGCAAAUCGAUCGAGUACACCGACCAAACGUUUUGCGUGGAUAAUCGAGCGAUGCAUCACAUAUGCACGCACGUUUUAAAGCUCACCGUGCCAACGUUCAAAGACGCGAAUCGUCUGAUAUCUAAUUACAUGUCUGGCAUCACGACUUCCUUCAGAUUUCCCGGCCAAUUGAAUACCGAUCUAAGAAAGCUACUAGUCAACUUGGUACCUUUCCCGAGACUUCAUUUUUUCGUCCCCGCAUACGCCCCGCUCAUGUCCCGAAGCUCGGCCCCGUACACGGUCAUCUCAAUUCCAGAAUUGACGCAGCAGUUGUUUCACGCGAACAGCAUGUUCGUCUAUUACGAUCCGAGACUGUCCAAAUUCCUCACGGUGGCUGCCAUCUUCAGGGGCAGAGUGUCGACCAAGCUCGUGGACAUGCAGAUGUUGAAUAUACGAAACAGAAACAGUCCCUAUUUCGUCGAAUGGAUACCGAAUAACAUUCAAACAGCGUUGUGCGACAUCGCUCCGCGAGGGCUAACUAUGAGCGCCAGCAUGAUAUCGAACACGACGGCGAUACAGGAACCAUUCAAAAGACUGACGAUCGCCUUUGACGGUAUGAUGAAGAAACGAGCUUACCUGCAUUGGUACACGGCCGAGGGAAUGGACGAGAGCGAAUUUUCCGACAGCCGAUCGACGGUGAACGAUCUCGUGUCCGAGUAUCAACAACAGGAGGAAGCGAUAGCCGAGACCAGCUUUGCCGAGGAUCCGGCGGAGUACGAGGACUAA